CCUCCACCAGUGAGUGAUGCUGAGCCACUGGCAAAAGAGGAAGCGAAGCCCCCGAGAGGCACCGAGGAGCAUGUCUGGCCGGAGGGCUCCCCGAAGGGUGCCAAAGGCCAGCCUGGCCAUGUGGCUGGGGCUGGUGCUGGGGCUGGUGCUGCUCGCCUGCACGGCUCUGUGCCUCCCGGCAGGCGGCCAGGCAGUGACGGGGCCCGGCACUGUGCGUGGGUACCGGGGGGGGUCCCUCUCAGUGUCCUGCACGUACCAGCACGGCUACGAGACCAACCCAAAGUACUGGUGCCGCCCGGGAGUGUUUGGUACCUGUGAUCUUGACGGCCACAUCAUCGCCACCUCGAAGGAGGAGCCCUGGGUGCGGCGGGGCCGGUUCUCCAUCUGGGACAAUCGCACCCAGCGGGUGUUCACCGUGACCAUACAGAACCUGAAGGCAGAGGACACGGGCACCUACCGCUGCGGGGUGCGGAGGUUCCUAAUUCUCACCGAUGACAGUGACAAUGUGGAGGUGAUCGUGUCCCCAGCUCCCAAGUCCACAGCAUCGCCCUCUGCCUCGGCCACACCGCCCGGGUCCACCUCGGGCCCCACGCAGCCACAUGCCCAGCAGGAAGGGAGGCUGGGGACAGCCAGCCCCGCGUCCGACCCAGACCGCAGCCUGGACAUACCUCUGGUCGUCCUCACUCCCUGCAUCGCAGUGGUUCUGGUUUUGCUCGUUGUUGCUGCCAUGGUUUUGGUGGUAUUGUCCAGGAAGAGGAAGCAGGCCUUCUCAGGAGCAGCUGUCGAGAUGGGCAGGAUUGGUGGCACAUCGAACGCAGGAGCGGACGUGCUGCACUACGCGGAUAUUGAGCACCUGGCCGGCGCAGGCGAGAGCCAGCCCUACGGCAACGCGGAGGCUUUGCGCCCCUUGGCAAACGCAGCCACCGAUUACACGGAGGUCAAGAGGCACAGCCAGAAUCUGGAAGAGAAAAAGGAGCCCACUUACGCCACGGUGCGCAAAUCCCAGCAGCAGGAGGAGCUGCUCUACGCCAACGUGCCUCGAGCCCGGCAGCGUGCGGCGCAGUGAGGGCUCAGGACCCAGCACCGCCGCUCUGCAUGGGACCUUGGGCACGGGACCCACGUGGGGACACCGGGACGGAUGCUGAGUUGGGCAGGAGACGGCUCCCCUGCGGAGCUGCUGCUCCCACAGGCUCUGGCGCUUCCCUGGAGCUGCCUUGGAGAGGACGAUGCUGAGCAAGGGGCGCUGCACGGGGAUGAAAUCGUUGCCCUGCACCUGGAGACCUCAUGCACGGUACAGCCGUGGUGCCGGGAACGGAAAGCAGCCUCGUGUUUGGGUUGCCCACAGGGACAAAACUGUCCAGGCAAAGGGGGCUGAGUGCUGCAGGGGGGCUGCCUGGCUCCGCGCCCCCACUGCUGCGUGGUGCCCAG